AUAUUUAAUAGUUAUCUAUCAAGAUAUAUUAUAUUUUGUGAUUUACAGAUUAAACGUAGUGAUAGUAGUCCACGUAUACAUUUGAAUUUUGAGUUGGAAAAUUUUUUUUGUUUGGGUUCUCCAUUAUCAGUGUUCUUGGCUUUGCGUCAAAAUGAAUUGUUUAAAGAAAAUUUAAACAUAUUCCCUAUGUGGUUAGCCAAAAGAGUGUACAAUAUUUACCAUCCUACUGAUCCCGUUGCUUAUAGAUUUGAACCCUUAGUGGCAAAAGAUUAUUGUCGAUAUAAACCUGUUAGCAUUCAGGCCUAUGGUGUGAAAUGGAAUUAUUCAGAUGUUUCCUUAGAACCAAUAGUCAAUAUUGAUUCUAGUGCUGAUGACACUAAUGGUACUGAAGCAAAGGCAUCAGAUUUAAAAAAAGAAAAUGAAACAUUCAGUCGUAAAUUAACUACUUGGCUAAACAUGUCGAGUAAUAAUGAUAGUAAAAUCAGUUCAAACUCAGAAAACAGCAACAGCUCGCCUUCAAGAAAUAAUACCCCAAUUGAAAUUUUAAAUCAUCGCUUGGAUUAUAUUUUGAGAGAUAGUAUUGGAGGGUCCGCUAGUAAUUAUUUGUCCAUGUUGUAUACACACACAUCAUAUUGGUCAAAUUAUGAUGUGGCAUACUUCAUUUAUACUAGGUUAUUUCCUGAACUAGAUAAGACAAUGGAAGAUGCUUCGAGACCCGAAGAAAAAACGAUUGAGUUUGAUCUACAAUUUGAACAAGGUGUUGAAGUAACUGAAGAUUUGAAACAUUCUACUUAAGGAGCAAAUUAUCAGUAUCAUCUAAAAAAAAAAAAUUGCUUAGGUUAUUAAAGCUCGUGAAUUAUUUUUUAAAAUAAUACAUUUUAUCGUUUUUGUACUAAGUUUACAGGAAAAUAGUAAACACCAAAUUAAGUUCAUUGGUAACCUUUUUAUAAUUUAUUUUGUUUAUGCAAAACAGGGUAAAUUUUCUUUAUAUUUCUUGACUACUCAGUAGCUAUUUGAUACGUUUUUCUUUUUU